AUGGAUGUAAGAGAUGUGAAAAAUCAGCAUCAAGGGCAAGAGCUUAAAAGAUCAAAUAUGCUACUGGAAAAGACAACAAGACGUAUGGACAAUCGUUUUGAGACUGGAUUGUUAUGGAAAACGGACGAUUUCAACAUUCCCGAUAGCAAUGAAAUGGUAAUUAAAAGACAAUUAUCUUUGGAAAAGAAGUUUAACAGGGACCCUGAAUACCGGAAGCAGUAUUGCAAACUGAUGUUGGAAUACGAGCAAAAGGGAUAUAUUUGGUUGAUUCAGGAGUCAGAACAGAACAAAAGCCUGGAUAAGGCAUGGUACCUGCCACACUUUGGAGUCGUCAAUCCACAUAAACCCGGGAAAAUUAGAAUCGUAUUCGAUGCUGCAGCGGAAGUCGACGGUGUGUCGCUGAAUGCACUGCUGAUGAGAGGGUCCGACCAAUGCCAACCAUUAAGUUACGUACUUAUGAAAUUUAGACAAAGGUCCGUAGGUAUUUGCGCAGACAUAGAAGAAAUGUUUCAUCGCGUCUUGAUACGCAAAGAAGACCGAUGGGCUCAACGCGUUCUAUGGAGAAAAGAUGAAACUGAUGAGUUUAAGGCAUAUGAGAUGAUGGUAAUGACGUUUGGAGGGAAAUGCUCACCCGCAUCAGCGCAGUUUGUUAAGAAUAAGAAUGCAUCGGAAUACAAGGACUUGUUUCCACAGGCGGCUGAUGCUAUUGUGAGGAAUCAUUAUGUUGAUGAUUUCGUCCACUCAUAUGGCAACGAAACAGAAGCAAUAUGA